AUGAAUUUUUCUCCAAAAAAUGCUAAAUUUGAGCAUUCUAAAUGCUGGUGUAUCCAGGAACCGUCAAAAGAAGGAAAAAGUUUAAGUCAAGCUAAUUUAUUUAUGAAUAUAGAAACAAAUACUGUUUUUCCUGUAACUGGUGAAAGGAGAAAACGAAGUCAAUCUGUUUUUGCUAAUUCCACCAUUUCAACAUCCUCUACUGGAAUGCCGUUAGACUCAGAUACUCUUAAAAAAUUAGAAAUUUUUUUUGAUACUAAAGAAUCAUCUAAUGAUGAAAAUAAAGUGUUUUUAAGGAAAUCUACUCAACCAAAAUUUGCUAUAACUGGUGACUUGAAUCCUCACCAAAUAUAUCUUGUUAAACGGGCAUGGGUAAAAACAUUAAAUAAUUAUAAUGAAGAUGAACUUGAAAUUUGUAGUCAAUUGUUUAUUAAAAUUUUUCAAUUAGAUCAAAAACAAAUGAAUUACUUUGAACUUGGAAAAGUACCUUUAGAAGAUUUGCGUCAUAACCAAAUUUUCUUAGAUCAUGUCAAGUUAUUUCAACCAAAUUUGUCAAAUGUAAUGAAAUAUUUGAGUAGGGCAACUUUAAUGAGCAAGUAUCUUCAACAGAUGGGUGGAAAAAUAAUGAGAUAUACAAAAGUUUCAUAUAAAGGUUCAUUUUGGAAACUUUUUGAACAAGGAAUUAUUGAUGUAAUUGGAGGAUAUCAUGCUGGAGAUGAAACAAUUCAAGCUCUUUCUAUAUUAGCAAGUUUUUUUACAGAACAAAUGCGAAUUGGUUAUAAAAUUGAAUUUAAAUUACAAGAAGCUGCUUUAAAGAUUGUUCUUCAACAAGAAAAGAAAAAAAGUAAAUUUAAAAAAUAA